CCCCACAGAUUAGCUUCAUAGUUACUGUGAAUUACAUUGAAUAUAUAUAUGGUUCUUCAUUUUGGCGGGUACUUUCGUUACUAGUAUCUCAUAUUUUUCUAUGCUCGUAUCUAAAUUUGAUCUAGGUAGUUCCCACCUUAAAAGUUUUAUGAUUCCCAGAAUUAAUUAUCCAUCGCAUAAAUAAAACUGUUUCUGGUAGUGCAGAGGCCCUAUAACUGAAAACAUGCCACCGAAAAAACCUCCUGCGCCUAACGCGUUCAGCAUGUUCGUCAUGGAUUUCAAAAACCAACAGGGCAUGAAAUUCAGCAGCACGAAGGAAGCAUACGAAGCGGCGGGACCUUUCUGGGCGCGAAUGAGUGCCGCCGAGCGACGUCCCUAUCAAGAACAGGCGAAGCGAGAGAAAAAGCCCGGUAAAUACACGUCUGAGGGUUUGAACGUUGAGGAUUUGACACGUAAACAGAGGGAAGAAGCCGAAUUUCAAGAUCAAAUGCGCCAGAAUAUCAGGCAGACCAUUGACCUGGCCAACAUGAAAGGACCCGAAGCCCUAGCAAAUGAGACAUUCUUCAUUAUCCACUUCAAUAUCUUUUGCUACCACCAGUCAAGCAACCAAUACUACCCCGCAGAAGUAGCAGCGGUUUGUUUUAAUUUAAAGGAUGGCGUAAAGGCGGGAAAUGUGUUCCAUGAAUUUAUUCUUCCGGGUCCUUUACCAUUGGGCUAUUCGUUCGAAGCAAGGCAACAUUCAGACGAGACGCAUCAAAUUGCGGUUCCAUACGAAGAUGUUGAGAACAACAUGGAGGAGGUUUUCGCGAAGCUCGUUACUUUUCUCGAGAAAAAGAAACCUGAAGGCGUAAGCCGCAUGCCAAUACUAUACGCCAAUGAAAAGUACCAGAAAAUGUUCCAGAACAUUUUGGACCGUUGGAGUUUUGACUAUGAGGGUGACGAAAGUUUGUUCCGAGUGUACAGUCUGCAAGUUCUGUUCUUCUCAUUACGAAACAGGGUGUCAGGAGGUGAAGUGUGGCCCACAUACACAUUCAGCGACCGCGAAAUCGAGAAGGAUGUGUACGCCUAUGACCCAGACAUUGCUUGUGAUUAUCACAGCGCCACAUCUAAGCCCUUGUACUGCAGCAAGUCGACGGUUUUGCGUAUGGUUUAUAUCAUAUGCGAUCAUUGCUGCGAAGAACUGGACAUUGAACUGUUGCCGGGUCAACAUGUGCCCCUUAGGUCUGCUGUUCCACUCGGCGCCCCUAGCGUCCAUAGUUUCAACAGCCUCACAAGCCGCAGUUCGCGCUGGGGCUUGGGCAGCGAGUAUGACGGCGACUCUACCACGGACUGGGAGAACAAGUCUUUGAUAUCGGAGUCGUCAGUAACGACAGUGGAUUUUCCACCGUUGGGCCGCAAUGAGGCAAAUUCGGAUCCGUUUCCCAGUUUACCACAAAGUAACUCAUCAGCCAUCCGGAAUUAUUCGGAUUCACUCGGGUCAAAGGCAAUGCCAUCCGCGUUCGAAAAUGCUCACUGCAAGGGUAGAGGUUUUCGCAAAAGAGAUGACGAUUGUAGUAGUACAGCUUCCUCUGCAGUUAGUGGAGUAUGGAGGGGGUAUGAAUCUAGCAGAAGUGUUCACGUGGCGCCAAGGGGAAGGGGUAUUAGGCGCGGGGCUGUGACCAAACCUGGACCAGCUAAUUAGGCUGUGUGGGAAUGAGCACCCGUCUUAUUAAAAUUUUAUUUGUUGGCUCCAGAGUUUAUAUAUAUUUUUUUGUCAUAUUUUGCUUUGGUCGUGUACCAUUUUAAUUUAAUAAAGAUUGAUACUUUUUCGACGCAA